AUGGUGUCGUCUCUCGUUUCCUUCCUCUCCUUCCUCGAAUUGCCCGCGCCGUAUCAGCUCGAUCUGAAUCAUACUCCCACUUAUGAUGCUGCGCUGAUCGGAGUCGGUCAGCAAGGACACCCAGUUGGAGUUGCAGUGGGUGGAAUGCUAGAAAGAGACGGAAAUCUGCCAAAGACGAAAGAAAGAGAGAAAUCAAUAGAACUUGGAGAGGCAGAAAAGCCACGAACUGAAAUAAAAGAAAGAAGAAAGCCCUUGGGAGAAACAAAAACGAAAGAAGAUUCAAAAACAAAAGGAGAAGUGAAAGAAGAAGAAAAGCUACGAAUAGAAGCAAAAAAAGGGGAAAAUACAGUAGGAAAAACAAAAGAAGAAGGAAAGGCAACAGAAGAAUCGGGAAAAAAAGAUAAACAACGAACAGAGAUUGAUAAAAAAGAGAAACCGCUGGGAGAAGUUGAAAAAGAGGCGAAGCCAACAGGAGAAACAAAGGUAGAAGAAAAGUCACGAACAGAGAUGAGAGAAGAAGGAGAGGCACUUGAGAAAUCAAAAGAAGAAGGGAAAUCACCAGGAGAAAGGAAAGAAGAAGGAACGCUAGGAAAAGUGAAUAAAGAAGGAAAGCUACAAAGAGCGAAGAAAGAAAAGGGAAAAAUAACAGGAAAACUAAAAGUAGAAGAAAAAUCACAAACAAGAGUGCAAGAAGAAGGAAAGGAAAGAGAAAUGGAUAAAAAAGGAACAACACAAGGAGAAGCGAAUAACGAAGGAAAGUUACCAAGAGAGACGAAAGAAGAAGGAAAGAAACCAGGAGAACACAAAAGAGAAGAGAAACCACAAACAGUGAAACGAGGAAAUAAAGUAGUAGAAACAAAAGAAGAUGGAAAGCCUUUGAGAGAAACAAAAGAAAGACGAAAGUCACUGCGAGAAAUGAAAAAAGAAGGAAAGCAAGGAGAAGAAGGAGGAGGAGUUGAGCCACCGGAAGGAGUAACGACACCAGGAGGAGGAGGAGGAGUAGGAAGAGGAGUAGAGCCGCUGGGGAAAACGUCACCAGGAGGGGGAGGAGGAGGUGGUGGUGGAGGAAGAGUAGAUACGCCGGGGAUAACGUCACGAGUAGGAGGAGGAGGUGGUGGAGGAGGAGGAGUAGAACAGCCGGAAAUAACGUCACCAGGAGAAGGAGGAGUACAGCCGCCGGGGAUAACGUCACCAGGAGGGGCAUUAGGAGGAGGGAGAGGAGUAGAGCAGCCGGGGAUAACAUCACCACCAGAAGGAGGAGGAGGAGGAGGAGUACAGCCGCCUCAGAUA